AUGAGUCGAUACGCCGCUGUCCAUGCCCAUCCUCAGGGAGUAGGAGAUGCCCGUCCCACGGCCAUCCAAAUAAUACGUGACGAGGGCCUUGAAGGCAAACUCGUUGGAAAAGUAAUCGUCAUCACCGGCGCGAGUUCUGGGAUCGGCCUCGAGACCGCGCGAGCAUUGUCGGCCACCGGUGCGACCUUGUUCCUCCCCGCUCGAAAUGUGACCACGGCCAAGGCUUCUCUUGCCGGAAUUCUAGAGCCAGGAAGGGUCACCCUGAUCGAAAUGGACAAUGCAUCCUUUGCUAGCAUUCGAGCCGGCGCCGCAGCCAUUCUUGCGCAAUCGAACAACCACGUCAACGUGCUCAUCAACAACGCGGCCGUGAUGGGACUGCAGGAGCUGACGUUUACCGAGGACGGACACGAGACACACUUUGCGACCAACCAUCUAGGCCACUUUCUGCUAUUCCAGCUCCUUAAGUCCGCCUUGCUCCGCAGCUCGACCCCUGAAUUCCGGUCUCGGGUAGUCGUUGUAGCCUCGUCGGGACAGCGCGCCUGCGACCUCAGCGAAAGCGACAAUUACAAUUUCCAAAAGAGUGAAUACAACCACUCACAGGCGUACUCAAAUUCGAAACUGGCAAACGUUUACAUGGCCAACGAGCUGGACCGUCGUUAUGGUCCCAUAGGCUUGCACGCAACGAGUGUCCAUCCUGGGGGAAUCCACACCAACAUAGGCCGAAAUCUCAGCAAGGAGGUCGUGGAGCAGAUCAUGAGCAACAAGGCAUUCGCGCCAAUGUUGAAAUCGCCCGAACAGGGUGCUGCCACAACUGUCGUUGCCGCUGUCGGUCACGAGUGGGAGGGCAAGGGAGGCAGGUAUCUAGAGGACUGCGCAGAAGCCAAGCGUGGUGAAGACGAUGGUAGUCCUUUCAGUAUUGGUUAUGUACGUCAGACUUAUGACCCGGUGAAAGAGGGACGCCUGUGGAGAGACUCGCUUGCAAUAGUCGGGAUUCAGGAUGACCUGUAA